UUUUAUGCCUCAUGCUCCAAAUGUUAUUCGAGUUUCUAGAGCGGAAGGAAAAGCUCAAAAAGGUGAAACUGGAGGAGGACUUCGACGGCAUACAAGUGAUAUGAAAUCAAAAGAACCAACUGAAAGAGAAUAUUUAACUAAUGAUGAUAUGAAUGGAGGAGCUUCGUCUUCACAAUAUCAAUAUAAUCGCCAACUUCCUCGUCAUUCCUCUACCAUUGUUCAAUUAGGUCCACUACCACGAGUAGAAGUUCGUCGCCGCAUUAAACUACUCGAGGCUCGCCAGCAGCAAACAAACCAUCAAAGAAGUCGAAGUGCUGUUUCACAUGCUAGAAGUGGUUCCUCUGCUGCUCGUUCUCCUUCAGCUCAGCGCAGUUUAGAAAGGAUACAAAGAGCAACAGCCCCAAGCCCAGCACCAGCUAGUUAUGCUAGGGCAAGAAGAUAUAUUCCUACGGCUUUACCUUCGGGCAUUAGACAAAGUUCUGAUCAAAUGUCUCAAGAAAGACCCCAAAUACCCCCACGACAUACUCGCCAAAUGGCUGAAGUUGUUCAGAAUGCAGCUAAAUCCCAUAAACAAAUUCAUGAACCUCUUUGCGCCAAAUUUGUGCCAAACACAUUUUCUACCCAAAAACAAAAACUUGAAGGAAAUGGGAGAGGAAUGUUUAAUGAAAAAAGUCAUAAGAAAAUAAUUCCUCCUCAAGAAGAAAAAAGGAAAAAGCAGUUAAUUUUGAAUGAAGAAAGAGGAGGAGGAGAAAGGAGUCAAAUAUUACCUUCAAGUACUGAUAGUGGGGAAAUACAAAGUUAUCAUUCUGAAAGAACUGUUGAACAUAGACGUUAUACAUCUAGAAGUUGAAGGAAAAAAUAAGAGAAUAAACGCGUUUAUGCCACGAAUUAUGCCGAAUGCUUAUUACUUAAAAUUACUUUUUAUUUAAAUUUAUGCUUUAAUUUUUUCUUGCCUUUGCUUUCUUGCCUUGUCAAUAAUUACUCUAAUCAAACAACA